AUGUCUUCAUCUUCUUCUGAGCGUGAUGUUGAAGAAACAGCUGCAUCUGCAGCUGAAGCCUUUAUGGAAGAGUACACGCGCCAAUACAUGGAGGAUGAUAGUAUGCACUGGACAUGGAAAAAUUGCCCAGUAGCAUGGAAAGGCCAAUUCACCCGUGGCGAUCAUGGAGUCCCAACAAUUAUGCUUGAGGCGGUUGCAUCUCAAGAUUUGUGGAUCUGGCAUGCUUUUUUUGGAGUUGCAGGGUCAAACAAUGAUAUAAACGUGCUUAAUCAGUCUACACUAUUCAACGACGUUCUACAAGGGCAAGCACCGUCCAUCUCAUUCACAGUAAAUGACACGCAAUAUGCCCAUGGAUACUACCUAACAGACGGUAUAUAUCCUGAGUGGGCAACUUUUGUCAAGAGCUUCCAACAUCCUCAAGAUCCAAAAAGAAGGAAGUUCAAGGAAAUGCAAGAAGCUGCGAUAAAGGAUGUUGAGCGCGCAUUUGGGGUUCUCCAAGCUCGUUGGGCAAUGAUUAGAGGUCCGAGUCGCCUCUGGUAUACAGAAAACAUCACUGACAUUAUGUAUGCUUGCAUUAUUUUACAUAAUAUGAUAAUUGAAGAUGAAGGGGAAAUGGCAUGCCAAUGGGUUGAAGAUGAACUAAGUACGUCUCGAGCAACAAUAUUGCAGGAGAAAUAA